AUGGACGACUACAAACCACAGAAACCGAAUGUCCUCCAGUCUCCGCCCAUCGACAUCACCGUACCCUACGAUGCGGCUUGGGUGAAGGGCAAGGUCGUACUCAUCACGGGAGGAGCCAGUGGCUUUGGCGCGGGCUUCGUGCGGAAAUGGGUAUUCGAUGGUGCUACAGUCAUCGUGGGGGACAUCAGUGUUCAGAAGGGAGACGCGCUUUGCCGUGACAUCAACAAAGACAGCAAGAACGGCGGCAAGGCCCACUUCGUACACUGCGACGUGACGGACUGGCAGUCGCAGGUCGACCUCUUCAAGAAGGCAGUCGAGCUGAGCCCGCACGGGGGUAUCGACACGGUCGUCGCAAAUGCAGGCAUAGCAGGUCGCGACGUCCUCCAAGAACCUGCAAACCUCGAUGCGGCUGCACCACCCCCACCCGUCUUCAAGAUCAUGGACGUGAACCUCACUGGUGUGCUAUACACCACCCACCUGGCCUGCUUCUGGCUGCCCAAGAACCCCGGCUCCAGAGACUGCAGCUUGAACUCGAAGCCCUCCACCACCUCCCCACGCGAUCGCCAUAUCCUUCUGCUUGGCUCCAUCGCCUCUCUCGGCCCAAUUGCCAUACAACCCCAAUAUUGUGCCGCAAAGCACGCGGUGCUUGGUCUUUUCAGGAGUUUGAGGGUGACAAGUGGCCUUCAAGGCAUCCGCGUGAACCUGCUUUGUCCAUACUUCAUCGAUACACCCAUCGUGCCCGCCAGUGCGCGCUUCAUACUCGCGGGAGGCGGCGUAGGCAAGGUCGAAGAUGUCGUUGACGCAGGUACGCGCUUUGUCGCUGAUUCUCGCAUCCUUGGUCGCGCGCUGGUUAUAGGGCCCAAGAUGCAUGUUCGUCAAAAGGACAACGGCGAGUGGGACCUAGUUACCCCCGGCACACCUGGCAGUAUCGAAACGGCCAUCUUCGAGCCUUAUGCCGAUGAUUGGGAGGACCAAGAUCAGUGGAACCGCACCUUCAUCAAGAUCUUGAACAUGGUUCAGGCUGGACGGGGCUGGGCUGGGUGGGCGCAGGAUGUUGUCAAAGCAUCCUUGUACAGUCUGGGGUUCGGGCGAUGA